GCAUGCGGGCAGAUCACAUCGCAUUCCGAUGUGAGCGAGAUGUAACCGCUGUGCGGACUUUAUGCCUCCGAACCGUCUUCAGUCGCAAUUUGAAGGAAUAAAAUGUCCACGGUGAAGGAGUCCGGCACUUGUCCCGACGGCUACAGGGCUCUGAGCACGAGUGAGCUGAGGGAGCUUUUACAAAACGACGACAAAAUGGACCAAAUUAUUCGCCUCAAUGAGACGUUCCAGGAGCUUCAAGUGGACAGGGAGACGCUGCUGACCUCCAACCGGAGCUUGGCCGAGGAGAGCCUGGCCCGACGACCCCGCCUUAAUAACGGCAAACUCCAGCUGGCGGAGAAAUACCGGGAACUGUCCAACCUGGCAACCACAUGCUGGGAAAAACAGAGUCAGCUUGAAGCUCGCGUCCAGAAGCACAGCCUGCAGACGGCGCAGAACCUCCUGCAGGAAGAGGUGGCACGUGCUGAGGAGCAUUCAGAGGAGCUGCUGGAGAAGUUCAUGGAGGGAAACGUAAGCCUGGAUGAGUUCCUGGACUCCUUUCAAAGCUCCAGGAAGACGUAUCACAUCCGUCGGGCGCAAGCGGAGAAGAUGCAGGAGAUCGCCCAAGCCAAGCGGCAGCCGGGCAAAACCAAGCGAGCGGAGGAGAGCAAAGUCCCCGAGGUGAAGAAGGACUCGGAGCAGCCGCCGGAGCCUCAGCGGCCCAACGGCUUCGUAGCGCAGGGACCUUUAAGGGUGUUCCAGGUACGCUACGGCCUCACGCCGGCCAUCCUCCUCCCUCAUUACCCCGUGUCUCCCCCUGCCUCGGCUCCGGCCCAUCAAAUUAGUAGCACCCCUCCACCAGAACCCCAGCUGGGACAGACCCACAUCCUCAGCCCCAGCACCCCGCUUCCAGGACACGGCCAGCCGGUCGGCCUCAGGGUCAUCGGACAGCUAUCGGGGGGCUGGCCGGCGAACGGGCGGCCGGUGAGGGUGCAGCAGCUUUACAGGCCCAACCCUCAACAGCCCGAGCCGCCGUACCGAUAAAACUCCGCGAGGGGAGGAGGAGGAUGAGGUGGAGGAGGAGGAGGAUGAGGGAAAAAGAAAAAAAAAAAAAAGCCGGUUUGAGAGGUCUUCCGAGACGUGGAACCAAACAGUGGCUGUCACAAUCAUGUAAGCAAAGACUGAUCCAGAGACAGGCAGCGCUGCAGACGCCCGUUUCUGUUCUCCAUCCAUGACACACAAAUGCAACCAUCAGAGGGAAACGAGCAGAGCAGAGGCAGAGAGGCGGCAGGGACGACCGGGGAUGGGUCUCGGUAGCCAUUUUGGAUCCGGUGAAACACUCUGAUUCGUUAAGCUCCGACGCUAACAAAGCCCUUUAUCUCGCUUUGUUCUUUUUCAUCAGUGAAGAGCAACAGAAAACAUACAGAGAGAAGGAAGCAGUGAGAGCAGAGAUGAGUUUAUCAGUCGUUAAACAUCAUCAUAACUUCCUUCUGCGGUGGCAAAACAACACAACAGGAACAGAGUGAAGUGUAACAGUCGGAAACAAUAGGUUUUUGUGAUUGUGUUUGGUGCAGGUAUUCAUGUAAAACCAGACAAAAUAUGCCACAAAAUCAGAAUUAAACAGAAAUACAAUUUUAAAAUCAUGAAUGACGUAUCUAAUACAAGCAUUAAAAGGUUUCAGCAGCCCAAAACAACACAAGAGCCGUCCGAAACUUAAGAUAAAUAAUUCUAAAAUACCUCAAAACAUCAACAGAGAGCACAGUUUCUGCAGCAGUGAUUUUAAUUCACCACAUUCUGCAGUUUUACAUCUAAAUUCAGAGGGUUUCACACUGAGAGAGCAGCAAAUAUUAUUUUGUUUCUGGUAGCAAAGAGCAUAGCUGCUUAGAUAAAGAAAAAAAAGAGGUUUUAUAGACGAAUCCAGCGGCUGUUUUAUGUGUCGCCAUACGUGUGCUGUCAUUACUGCAGUGGCAGAGUGGAACAUUUACACAGCUGAGUCCUCCUCCUCCCACAGAUGAUUGUCCAUCUGUGUAAAUGUGGAAGUUUCUCAGCUUCACAACAUUAGUCUGAAAUCGGUUCUUAUGACUCAGGCAGAAAGAAUGACAUUAACUCACCACUUCUGUCCGACCUCCACUGUGGCAGGAAGUAUUCACUAUCUCAUCUGUAAUCAGUGACUGUAUGUCAGCUGGGAUUGGCUCCAGCCUUUUACCUUUAAGGAUGAGCGGUGGAGAUAAUGGAUGAAUGGGGUGAAUGGUGGCUGGCUGCAGCCAGUUCUCAAAGACUGUUUCUGUCAUUUUAGGAGGUUCUCAUAGCAGUUUUUAUUUUACCUCUAGGUCUGGUUUUAAUUAGUUAUUUGAUGCUAUAAAAAGUGGCUGUGACGUCAUGAUUGACAGCUGUGAUCGGGUGGGCGGGACUUUGGCUCCACCACCCAAUCACUACUGCGCUGCCUCCGUCUCCAGAUGAUGUCACCGGCACAAAAUGGCAGCUUAUGUCCAGUGAGAGGAAGUGGAAACACGUCGUCCAUCUUUAUAUACAUUAUUUAUAGUCAUCAGAAUCAGAAGAAAAGCAUUAAUUGAAUAAAAUACUGAAUUUACUUUAAAAGUGGAAAGACUUCUUGUUAAAACUGAAGUUUUGCACGUUAAAACUUUCUUUUUAACAUCAUUUACUGACUGUAAUUCAACAUAUAACAGAUUCUACAGGAUCUCCUGGAUGGAUUUCUUGGCAGGGGCUCUUGAAAAAUUUAAUAUUUCAUGUACAAAUCAUACAAAAUGUUGAAUUUGCCGCCACAGUAACAGCAGCUCUACUUGUGCUCACCCCCUGGAUUCGUCUAUAGGCAGCAGCGUUAGUAUUUAGAGUAAUUAGCUGGUGAAGAAACACUUGAUUAAUGUUUCAUAUAUAUUCUGCUGCUCAGGUUAAUUAGAUAGAAAACUGCAGCGUCUCCUCAGUCAACAGAAGGUGAUUAAACGUUUUUGAGCUUUUAGUUUUUUAUUGACUUACAUGAGAUAAAAUGAGAUGUGAUAAGGGAUUCAGAAGGAUUCAGAUUGUGGAUUUGAAUCCGAUGAAAUGCUAUCGAGCCCCAUCCCUACUGGAAGCCGUGAGCGUUUUUAUUGUUAUUUUUAUUUUUUUAUACUUCACACUGAGGGACGUGAAGCACACGGUUGUGAAGCACAUCUUUAAAAUCGAAAAAGGAAAAAAGAAAAGCAUCUUAUUGUUCAUUCACACAGCUUGAGGACAGCGAGAGGCUUUGAGAGACGCCAGGAGUCAUCACUCACAAUGAAUGAUGACGGAAAUAAAGUGGUGUUUAAUAUAAACUCUCGCUCUUGUUUUUUUCCAUCCAUCCAGACGAGGCAAAGACAUUUCAUACUUGGCUCCGUUUCCCGAGAUACUGACUGCUGAUAUUAGAUCAUCGCAGAGCAAAGUUUAAACAAAGACACACUGUUAAGCAGACGCAGGUGGUAUUUAUUAAUCAUUCCCAGGCUAUAACCUGUCAAUAUAAUAUUCGCGGUGUCAUGUGUGUUAGCGUCACAGACGAUUACCCAAAGCCUUCUGCCUUCUUGUGCGAUGAUUUCACGAACAGUGUUUGCGGCUCACACACCAGUGAGUGAUUUAUUUAUUCAUGUAAAUCCUGUUUUAAAUGGCUGACUUCAAAGCUUCUUGUUUACCGUGCUAAAUGAAGAGCUGCUUCUCCUUUUCAAGGCAGCCCAGUGCUUUUUUUUUGGUUGUUGUUUUUUUAAUUUCUCUCCCUAACCCCCCCUGAACUGAGACGCAGAGUGAGGGGGAAUUUAAUCUCUAUGAGAAAAACCAGCGCUCUGCAAAAAAGCCCACAGUCGGAUAUAAGGAGGUUCUUCCUCAUUUCGCUCUUCCUUUUCUCUCAUUAUCCAUCCCUCAGCAUUUAAAAAGGGAAAAGCUCUGGAUUGUAGUUAUUAUGGUUCUGCUCUUGAACAUACAUCUUACUCAUCAAUAACUCAUAUAAGUGCAUGCUUACUACAGCUUGACAAAGUACAUGAAAAUGCCUUUUUUUGCAGGCCAGUGCCCAGCUGCAUAAAGAAUCUUUAAGGAAAUAUUCUUAGAUGUUAGAUUUCUAUUGUAAAGAAAGAGUUGUUCUAAUUUAACUUAUGUUGUUUUUCGUAGGAGAUUCUUUAAUUAAGCGAGAGCUGUAAAUGGAUUUCAAGGUUUUGAGGAUUUCUUUAAAGGGUAGCUCCAUUUUUUUGGGUCACAUCUCAUUGUUUUCUGUCUAAUAACGCUCAGAAAGUCGACUGCUGAGGUCUGUAAACGCAGCUAUGUCGCUAAAAAGACGUGAAACUGCCAGGAGAUGCAGAAUUUAUGUGGUAUUAUAUCUUAAACUCCUGCCCUCGUCCUUGUAUCUCAGGUCACAGUAUUGUAGCACCAGCUGCUCAUCAGUGGCUAAAGAGCCUCUGAAGAAACUAAAGCUACCAAACCAACCUGCUAACCUGGACUGUCUUCAUUCUUUCUCGAUUAAUCUGCCGCUGGUAUUCUCAAUUAAUCCACCGAUUGUUUGGUCUAUAAAACCCAGAGUUUCCCAGAGCCUGAGCUGAACACGUUUAAAAGGUUUUUUCACCUUUGCAUCAUGGAAGUCUGAGAAAACCAGCAGAUAUUCACAUUUGUGAAACUUAAAGAAAACUGAAUUUUGUGCAGAUAGUUGUUGAUUAAUCUUCUGAAUCAGCUAUUUGUUUCAAAUCUUAAAGAAAAGCAGCUUUUGUGCGACAGUGUGGCGAUCUAACGAGCUGUGUGCUACCUUUUGUUCUGUUUGUGUGUAUCUGUGUGUCUGCUUUGUUUUGAUUUUGGUGUUCCUGUUUAUUGUGGAUAAAAGCUGCAAACAAAAAAGAGUCAGACGGGGCAAAAACAAAAACAAGCAGUAUUCACAUUUAUAUCCUGUGUUUCUGGUCCAGUUGAACUUCUUGUAGCGUCGUGUCGCUGUGUUCACAGAUCUCAGCAGUUACAGUGUUGGUGCAACUGAUGAAAAUACACUAAAGGUACCUGUUUUUAUUGGUGAACAAGAUCUUAAUGUGCCAAAAAAAAGUUUUUUUAACCGGUAAAACCCAGUGGAGGCUUUCUUAUUCUUUGUUUCUUUGUUUUUCUUCAAACUGGGUGUUACAUUUGGACUCAUCUUUUACCUGUAUCUUUUCUUUUAGUCCAGUUUUUACUUGACCUUUUUAUUGUUUUUACUUUUUUUGUAUGAAAACUUUUAUUUAAUUUCCUGCCUUCAACCACAGGGUUUGACUUAUGGACACUUCUCGCCUUUUUAAUGUGCACACGAUUAAUUCAGCAACACAAAAAAAGAGUCUGAUGUGUUAUCAAGAUUUGAGAAAUCACUCAGUAUUUUAACUUCCUUUACUAAUCUGUUUGAGAUCUUCUUACAAAACCCUCAAAGGAAUUGAUCCACAUUUUUAAGAAAAGAUUAAUCACACGUCUGUGCAGUAAAUAUGAAGUUAGAACCAGGAGACGGAGAAAAUCCACACACCCACACCUCCAAAGCUCACUGAUUAACACGUUUUAUCUUGUCUGUUUAAUCUGUACAAAAAACAAAAGUGUAGAUAAGGAAGCGUUGUGGUUUUACAGCACAGUAACUGCCCUGCUUUAGGGCUGCAACUAACAAUUAUUUUCUCAGUCGAUUAAUCAUUUCGUCUAUUAAAGCAUCAAAAAAUAGUGAAAAACGUUCAGCGUGAUGUCUUCAGACGUCUUGUUUUGUCCAAACAGCAGUUCGAAUCCCGAAGAUAUUCAGUUCAGUAUGAUGUAAAACUGAGAACAGGAGGAAAUCUUUACAUUUAAGAAGCUGAAAACUGCUUUUUUUAGCCAUUUUGUGUAAGAUUGUGUGAGGAAAGACUCCAGAAAGUCUUUAUGCUAAGCUAAGCUAACGGCAGGAGCUUCAUAUUUAAAGCACAGACAUAUAGACUGAUGUAACUGGGCACUGGCUCCAAACCAAAACAUGCAGUUGUGUGUCCACUCAGGGUCUUUAGAGGAAAAACAAAAAAAAUGCAGUGCCGCUUCUGAACCUGUAGCACAGAUGGACCCGGGGACCUCGUACCCAUGGAUCUCAUGUUGACCUCCACCCACACCGCCACCCGACCACCCCCAUUCACACAUCUUUACAGGUGCAUGACCUUAACAAUGACACCAAAAUCACCUUCGACAUUCCAUCGUUGCUUUGAGAUUUGACCAACUGAAGGUUGUAAUGCUGUUACUGCUCGCUUUAUUUUACUGAUCCCAUAAUUUCCUGGAAAUUUAUGCAAAGUAAGUUUCCAGGAAAUUAGCUGGAAAACACCUGUAAAAUAAAGUGAUUUUGUUUUUGUAGCAGUGCUGUGUUUGAGUCCACCUCAACCAAAAUGUAUUUUUAUUCAGGCCGGAUGAUGAUUCAUGUAAGAUCGGACACUUCAUGUGUCUGAAAUAUCCUCAAAAAUGUAAAGUGCUUGUUUCUCUGCGACUGUGGUUUUUGUUCGUCCAGUCUGUUAUAUCGUGUGUCUCUUUUUCUAUCAGAGACUUCUCCCAGCAGCCUUCUCACAAAGAGAGAGAGAGACGGUAAUAAAACAGAUAAAUGAAUGUUGCUUUCAGAAUUUAAAUUAAAAUGAAGUGUGGCCACUCGCCCUCAAACAUUUGAGAUGAUCUGCGUCGCAGAGCCUCUCAGAUGAAGGAGCCUUGGCUGCAGGCGUUUCGUACCAGAUGAUUAUGAGCGAUGUCAAAGCCGAUCAGCGCUGCAGUGAGUGAAGAUGAGCUAAUAAUAUCCAAGUCAGCUCAUUUCAUCGGCUCGUGUGUACAGUAUGUGUGGCUGGAUGCACGUGGCCGUCAAAACCUCUCGAAGGAAGGAAAAUGCCAGCUUGUAAGAAUCUCUGGCUGGUAUUCUCCGUUUUUAAAGUCUUUUCCAGUUAAACUGAUGGUUAACUCAACUGCAGAGGCCUCAUAUGUAAAUUGUUUGUGGGUUUACAGCAAAAAAAAAUGGGCAUAAAACGGUUGAACUCCUCACACUGAAUGACUUGCAUGUGAAAAAGCAUGUCACAAUAAGGCCCAACUGGUGGUUAAAAUGCUUCUUAUGCUCACAGUAACCAUCAUUAAUUCAUGUUAUCGGGCACAAAGACUCUCGGGGGUCUUUGGGAAAAUGUGUGCAGUGUUUGUAUGAUGGGAGGAUGUCGAGGAACAGAAGAUGUUUUUACAGUUAACUCACAAAACAUCAGUGCUGUGAUCCCUGAAUACAUGUUGUCACUCGUGUCUGUUUUGGAGCAGCAGGCUUUGUGCCGCACAACACAUGGCUUUAAUGUGCUGUGACGGCUACUUUCCGAGUCAAAAUAAUUGCACGAGAUGAUCUAUAGAGCUUUUAUAUUUUCCAGGCCACAGUGAGGGAAGGGGGUGGGGGAGGCUUGUUAAAGAUGGAAGUGUUGCAGUCCACAGAUGAUAUGAUGGAUAGGCCGGGCUGUACUUAUCAGCCAUGAUAUAAUGCAACAACUUCUGUGUGGAUAGACUCUGUCAACAAUGUUUAAACUAAGAGCUGGAAAUAAAUCCUUAUUUAUGUGCUGUGUAAGUAGGUUACAAAUACACAGGAGGAGUCAAAUAUACCUCAGAGCUAAGCAGAGGAAGCAGAAAAAAACACAAAGUUCAGUUAAAUCAAAAUACUGUGAAGGAGCAAAGAAAUAGAGGUUCCCAGUGUGUGUUUCAGGCAGUGAUGAACAAUGUACAGAAACAGACAUGUCAUGUAGCCAGAAUAAAUUCCAUUACUAAAGUUAGUAAUAAAAAGUAAUAGGUAACCAUCAGUAUUAACUAAUAAAAUGACAAAGAUCUAGACAAUAAAAUAUAAUUAAAAUGCGAAACAGACAGAUCAAAAAACUGCUUCUGUCGUGCAACAUUUUCAGCCCUAAAGCGAAUUAAAUCUUAUCCGAGAAGUGCGACUGGCCAGACUCGACUUUCAGUGUUAGCUUCCAUAUCGAUAGAAAAUUACUUACUAUUGAGAUGCACAGAUAAACCUCUACAACAGAGUCAUUGAACUUUUCCUCGUCCUUCAGCCAUUGUGGGUUGAGAAAACAGCGAUUAAAGCUACGCUAACUUGUUUUAGCUUGUGCUAGUAGCGGUAGUGGCGGUUUGCUAGCUCUGACCAGUCUGAUCUCUGACCGUCCAACCAAAGGACAUUCUGAAGGCCUCAAGGCAGAUUUCUGUUACCUUGGCAACACGGUGCUGAAUUCUGAUUGGAUAAAAGCUGUAACAUAAACAGACUGUAUUGGAAGCAGCAAAACCAAGAGGAAAGUUAUGAAAAUAGACUAUUAGGAACAGUUUGACAGACGUAGUAUUAAUGGAAAAACAUGUAUAAAAAUAUAAUUCAGUGAUUGUGACAGUCAGCAGAGGGCCUUGACAGCCCACCACUGGUUUCAGGGGGGGUCCUGAGAUCCUUAAAGGGGGACUCCACUGAUGUUCUUAGGGAGUGCUUCUCCAUCAGAGGUGCCUUAAAACAACUCCAAAUCCUCCACAUCUUUUGUAGUUAACACAUGUAGAAUCAGACGACGAGGCGCUGCAGUUUAACAAGCAGCCAGCCCUUCAAUUUGGAGGGAUUUACUGACCGUACAGCGGUGAGCGCAGCCCUCCAUAAGUCCAGACCUCAGAGGCUCGGUUACACGGGGGUGAUUCCUGAAUGUACGCGUAGCUGUGGUUGACGUCCACCAUGUCUGCCAGCCAAGAUUUAAAUGACAAUAAAGACAGAGGGGAAGAAGUCAAAUCCAUCACCAGUAAACCUGCCCAUUAAUUCCCCCCUUUUUUUUGUAAGGCAGACAAUAAAAGUAAAAGCUCGAGGCUGAUUGUCGCAUUAGUUUAGAUUUACUGACACAAUCACUGUUAAAAUGGGAAAAGAAUAAAAGCAUUUAUCUUAAUGGCGGCAGGUGUGUGACUGGAAGGUCACUGGUCCUUAUAACUGGUCCAGCUGGGACAGAAAUCAUGACUGUUCACAGACAUUAACUGUCAGUGAGGUGACCAACCUCAUCUGUCCUCUGAAGUGGGACGAAAACCAAUAAAAACGUUCCAUACAGAGCAAUCUGCGUUUGAUUAGGGCUUUGUAAGUCAAGUCGUUUGGGUGGAAAAGAUGUUUUGAUUUUAAAAAAACUAUAUAUGUUUUAAAAGGAAAUUAUAUACAGCCUCAGGCGCUUCCUUUGGGACAUUUUCAAACUGGUCUGUAGGAAGCAGCUGAGCAAAAAUCAUGCUAAAAUAUUUAUAUCAAGUACAUUAGGCCAUACUCAGCCUCUCUGUGUGUGGUUGAGAAGCAGCUAAGCCAUAAAUGCGAUGAACAUUUUCACUGGCAGCCGACCAGCUGCUCGACUGAGGCGCUGUCUGAACAUCUGAUUUACUGAAACACAAUGAGCAACAACUGGUGUGUGAGUGUGUGUGUGUGUGUGUGUUGAAUCCAGGCAGCGGAGGCAUAAUUUCAAAAACAAUAGUGUGAAAGGAGGUUGUGCAACAUUUUCUCCGCUGUGUCUCUGAAGCUUUCACAAGCUGGAGAAAUCAAAAUGUAAAAAAAUAAAAAAUUAAAAAUAUCUGCAGUUUUCACAUCUGGGAUUUAGCAGCCAAUAAAAGCAAACACAGCUGCUUCAUUCACUUGAAUCCAUCUUUUUUUUGGGAGAAUCUCUUACAUUGUUUGACUUACACUUUAAAUGUGCUCUAUGUAAUCUUUUGCUAUCCCUUCAUAGCCAAUGUUAGCAUGACUAGUUGUAAAGAAGUGAUAGAAAUAGAAGCAAAACAAGAGUUAACAUUGGUGUUGCUAUUUGCCAUUUGUGUUAACAUUUCUUCUACACUAGUAAGUAAACAGCUGAUAAUGCUAACAUUGGCUAUGUAGCAUUAGCAAAAACUUACAUAAAGCACCUUUAAAGCUAUUUUUUAGCCACAUUAGCGGUGUGGCUGUAGGGAUCACAGCUGGUCUUAAAAUUUAAAUAUCUCAGUAACUAUUGGAUGGACUGCCUUAGAAUUUUGUACAUAUAUUCAUGGUCCCCAUAGGAUGAAGCCUGCUGAUUUUGGUGAGCCUUUGACAUUUCCUCACCACUCAUAGCACCACCAUGAGAUUGAUAUUUGUAGUUUUGAGUGAAAUGCUGCAGUGGAUGGUUUGAUAUGAAGUUUGGUACACAUAUCCACAGCCUCUGCCUUUUUAUCUAGCACCACCAACAGCUCAUUGUUUGCUUUUGCUUACAGCAGUUUUAUAAAUUUACUGUAUUGCUACUGCUCUCAUUAACCUGUUUUCACCAAUAGACUGUUUAAACACCAUCAAAUGCCAGUUAGCAACUAGCUGACUAAGUAAACAUUGCAGCUAAAGAACAAGAUGUUUUUGUCAAGAAUUGGUGUGCAGACUAGACCAGCAUUAAAAAGAGAGACUAUAUAUUGAAGUUGUAUAUGUCGAGUGGACAGAAACAUGACCUAAAAUCAAAGCUAAUGUUGUUCUUUGUCUGGUAGAGGAAUAAAUACGUAGCUCUUGACAAACAUUAUAGCCAAAGGACAAUAAAAUAACGUACAGUGUCUGUCGGCUUGUUGUGGAGUUGUAAAGUCAGUCAAAAAACUGUCCAUGUUAGCAUACUGCACAUUAUUUUAUUGUUAGGUCAUCUCUGAGGUGUGGAGUGCAGUCAGAUCUGGCUCUUUUGUGCAGUUUUAUAAAAAGUCACACAACCACAGAACCUGUUUCGAACAGGCAGACACAGCUUCAGUUGUAUUGGGAACCGAAGGCGGUGAAUGAGCUGCUAAAAUUGAAAGCACCACAGUGGUAAUUACACAGCAGGGCCCUAAAUGAAAGGUGGCUCCAUUAGCUAAGUUAAUUAAUUAAUCAUUUAAUAGUUAAUUAAAAGGCAGCACAGCUGCUCAGUGGUUAUCACUGUUGCCUCGCAGCAAGCAGGUCCGAUAAUAGUCGUCUCUGAGUGCAAGUUGCUCAUUUUCACUGCGGUAAUAUGUUGUUUCUUCCCUCAGUCCUAAAAUAUCAGUUGACUGGCAGAUUCUGUAUUGCAUAUAGGUGCAUAUAAAUAACUUUUUGUGUGACUUCAAGGCAGAAGAUGGGAGUUUGUACUCAGUAUAUUAGAAAACUAAGACUCAUGGCAAUCAUCUGUCAAUGGAAAACCUCAAGAAUGCCUCAGUAAAAACACUUCUGUGUUAAGAUAAAUGAAUUAACAUCUUAGGGAAGUAACACAAGUAACACAGCUUCUUGUAUCAAGUGUUUUUGGUAUAAAUCCAAAAUCAUUGCAGAAGUGUCAAACACUGUUUAUCUAUGAGGCCUCUGUGGUGUUAAACACGAUCAAUCUGAAGGAUGUGACACUCUAAGAAAGGUUCUGCGAUUGAUUCGUCCUCUCUGACCCUAAUUAAUCAGGUUGCAGCGGGUUAAAUGGAGGCUGCUGGGAAAGUCCUUAUGCAUGCUCAGCUUUAUAUAAAACAGUCUACUAAUAUGAUUAUUGAAGAAGACUUACAGUGGGAUAACAUCUCUUCUUGCUACAGUGUGUGUCCUGCCAACACUCCCAACAUUCAAGUGACCUUAAAACAACAAGUUUACAUGUGAACUGUUUUCCAUUUGCUUCCCACAUGGAUCCAGGAGUUGUCAAUAAAAUACAUUUGUCACUCUGAUUGAACUCA